AUGGCCGGGGAAACCUCGACUCAACCUCCGCCGGCUUCAGCCCUGCCCGAAUGGAAGUAUGAUGUGUUCGUGAGCUUCAGGGGUGAGGACAAGAGGAAGAGCUUCAUGUCCCACCUCUUCCGUGCCUUUGAGCAUGCCGAGAUCAGUUGCUACCAUGACGUCGACUGGGACCAACGCGGCCGCAUCGUGGGACCGAUGCUCUUGGAAGCGAUCCGCGGCUCAAGGAUUGCCCUCGUUCUCUUCACCACCCACUACUCCAAUUCUAGGUGGUGCCUCGACGAGCUCGUCGAGAUAAUGAACUGUGAUGGGCAGCUGUAUAGAGACCACGGCCACAUGGUGGUCCCGAUCUUCUUUGAUGUGGAGCCAACGGACGUCCGGAUGCGGCAAGGGGAGUUUGGGAGAGGGGAUGAAUCAUUGCUCAUUGAGAAAAUUGUGGGGCACAUCUUUAGCAAGACUGCCUUCAGAAAUUCACCUUACUUCAUAAAAGACGCAGUCGGAAUAGAUGACAGUGCGAGCGCUGUGAUUUCCUUGUUAGACAUCAGCUCGUCUCAUGAUGUGCGCGUCAUCGGUUUACAUGGGACCAAAGGGAUAGGCAAGACAACCUUGGCAAGACUUGUAUGCAGCCGUGUUUACAGCAAAUUUGAAGGUGUGAGUUUCCUGGAAAACAUCGGAGAUGCAAAAAAAGGAGAUAUUAUUAAGUUCCAGAAAAGGCUCCUCAAUGAUGUCUUGAAGGUAAAACACUUGGCAUUGGACGAGCAAUAUUCGAAUCGCAACCUUGGUCUGAUGAGGGAUAAGUUGCGCAACAGGAAGGUACUUCUUGUACUGGAUGACGUGAACGAGAAGAAUAUAGUGACAUUACUUGCGGGUGGACGAGGAGGAUUGCUUGCUCAUGGAAGUCGAAUCUUAAUAACCACAAAAGAUGAGUCGUUGCUGGAUGAUCUUAAAGUGGACUGCAAGUGCAUGGUCUCAGGACUCGGCGAAACAGAAUCACUCCAGCUCUUCGGUCGUUAUGCGUUCGACGACGGAGAUGGUGACCAAGAAGGUUGUGAAGAAUUGUCUAGGAAUCUUACUAUACCGGAGAAUGUUUAG